AUGGAAAAUACGUCUGUAAAUACAAAACCAUUCAAAGAAUUUGGGAAAAAUAAUGAAAUUGAAAAGAUUAAAAUUAAAGCCACGGGAAAACCAAAAUUAAAAUCAAGAUGUUCCAGUAAUAUAUUAUGUUUAAACUUAUUUGAAAGAGCUGUUCAGGAUCCAUAUUGUAGUGGUUGUGAUAUAGAAGAUGAUGAAGCUUCUUUAGCUUCUAUGCUAGAUACUUCAGAUGAAGAAUUGCCAGAUCAAAACUAUAUUCUAUUAUCUCCAUCAGAACAAAAAUGGUACCAAUAUGGUCAAAUUACUGAUGAAAAUAGUGACAUUGGUGAAGUUGAUCCUUUAGAUAGACAAACUCCAAUACUUGAACCCAUAAAAGAUUAUGAUACAUUGGAUGAUGUAUUUUCUUACUCUUUCAAGAGUAAUACACCUACUCAUCCAAAUACCAAUAGGCGUGUAACAAUGACUUCUACGUGUGAUUUUCAAAAAAAUAAUGAUGGUUAUAUUGACAGUUCCCCAGAAUCUCCAAGAAACUUGAGGAAAGUUAAAACAGUACCUUUUCCACCAAAUAGUCAGAAUUAUGAGAAGAAUAUUACCAAUUUUCAAAUCUUAAGAUCUUCACCCUUUCUUCUAAGAAACUCGAGAAGGAAUAGCUCGGAUCUCAUUAGAUCAUUAUCAGAUAAUCCCUCUCGUCAACAGUCAUCAAUUCAAAGCACAAGGUCUUCUAUACUAAAUAUUCCGUCGACAUUUUCUUCAAAUCUGAAUACUACUACUAUUAAUAAUAGUAAUAAUAUUAAUAGUAAUGAUAUUAAUAACAAUAGUAGGUACGGGAGAACUUCGACUAAAAACUCUGGCUUUGACAUUGCAGCAUCUCCUAUACAGCGACGUUACCGACCAAGAUUUUCGCCUGAUUGUUAUUCCUCAAGGAUUCCAUCGCACUUAUAUUGCCUGGAAAACCAUAUUUCCUCAAACCUAGAUGCUUUAUCAUCAUCUUCAAAACAAAAGUAUCUGUGUAGCCCCCAUCGUUCCAUCUCUCACGAUUUGAAGGCAACGUUAGCAAAUUUACAAUCAGAAACAAGGAGUUCUGAGGAACCAAUUGAUAAUAAACUCACCCCUUAUAAUGGAACAACGACAGUAAAACCAUGUGCAACUUCACAUCUCAAUUCAACAACUGAUUGA